CCGCGAGUAACCAUACUACCCAACUCAGUGCGGUGCGAAGACUAGAAGAGAACAGACCCAACAUCCAUCUCGUGGGUGUUUCUGUGUUAGUGGCCGGUUAUCGCUGCUGCUGUGAUACGACUUUUGCAGUCCUCUUCGUCUGUUCAACUACGCAGUCAAGAUGGUGGCGGUAGGCGAGGAAAAGGCUGAGCACGUGCAGAAGUGCGCGUGGGAAAACGUCGGCGACGUGCCCAACGUGCCCUUUGCCCAGUACAUGAUGGAGAAGAUGAUGGAUGCUGGGGACAAGGUGGCCCUGGUUGAUGGUGUUUCUGGAGAAACAUUAAAAUUUAGUGAAAUAGUAGACUGGAUGAAAAGAGUUAGUUUUGGCUGGCAUGAUGCUGGAUUAGAGGCAGGCCACGUAGUUUGUCUUGUGACCCCAAAUUGUAUCCAAGCUCCAGCAGCAUUUUUGGCAGCCAUUGCAGCUUCAGCUGUUGUUACGUUGUCAAAUCCACUUUACACACCAGAUGAGCUUAAGCAGCAUUUCACUGAUAGUAAGUCCAAGUGGAUAGUUGUCCAUCCCCUCUGUCUCCCAGGGGUCCAAGCAGCUAUCAAGGAUUUAGAUGAGAUUAAAGGAGUGUAUGUGCUGGGUUCAUCCACUGUGAAUGGAGUGGAACCUCUUGUGGGUCUUGCACAAGAUCAACCAGACAGCUGGGAAUACCAUGGAGUCUCUGGCAACAAUGUGGUACAUCUUCCAUAUUCUUCAGGAACUACAGGACUCCCAAAAGGUGUAGAACUUACAUCAUCAAACUGGCUAGCAGUUCUCUCAACUAUAGGGAGAAAAGAAUAUCUAGAUGUGAGUAGUGAUGACACUGGCCUUGGAAUCUUACCAAUAUUCCAUGCAUUUGGGAUGGCCAUGUACCUAACUGCUCUGUCUCAUGGUAUGACAAUGGUCACCUUACCAAGAUUUAUUCCUGAUAUCUUUCUCAAAGCCAUUCAAACUUACAAGGUGACCCUAGCACCUUUGGUUCCACCACUUGCUCUUUUCAUGGCUAAGCAUGAUUUGGUGACCAAAUUUGACUUGACAUCAAUUACUAAUAUAAUAUGUGGAGCAGCCUCAUUAUCGGGGGAUGUCCAAGCAUUGCUCUCUCAACGGCUGUCUGGAGUAAGAGUCAGACAAGGUUAUGGACUCACAGAAACAACUCUUGCUACAUUCAGCAGUGAAACUGACUUACCAGGAGCAGUAGGAACUGUUACAGCUCACUGUGAAGCUAAGAUUGUAGAUAUGAAGACUGGGGAUUCUGUAGGGCCUGGCAUUGAUGGAGAAAUCUGUAUUAGAGGCCCAUUAAUAAUGAAGGGCUACCUCAACAAUGAGGAAGCAACAGCUAAUAUCAUAGAUGCUGGUGGAUGGUUGCAUACAGGUGAUAUUGGGCAUUAUGAUGAAAACGGCAUCUUCUUUAUUGUAGAUCGCAUUAAGGAACUUGUGAAGUACAAAGGUUUCCAGGUUGCACCAGCUGAACUGGAAGGACUUUUGGUUACAAAUGAGAAUGUAGCAGAUGCUGCAGUUGUGGGCAUCAAGGAUGAAGAAGCUGGUGAACUUCCUAAAGCCUUUGUAGUGCCUAAACCAGGGAAAACAAUCAGUCCUGAGGAACUCAUCAAUUGGGUUCAUGAUCGUGUGGCUCCUCACAAACGUCUUAGAGGUGGUGUUGAGGUCAUAGAAUCUGUACCAAGAUCACCUGCCGGAAAAAUUUUGCGCAGAAAGCUCAGAGAGCAGGCUAAUGCUUGAAGGAGAAUCUUGAAAGGCAGAGGAGAGGGACCAUAUUUUACCUGUCAGAAAAUAUUUUUAUUCCAAAAUAGUUAAAUAGAUAUGACAUUUUAUAUUUGAUUGUUUUUAUGAUUAAAUAAGUAAAAAAUAUUUAUACUAGUGAGAUUUUUAUAUUAAAACAUAUAAAUUUAAAAUAUGAAAAUGUAUACAUAACACUGAUACUUUAAAUUAUCAGUGUGUAAUGCAUCAAGUUGCAAUAGUGUAAUAUAAUGUAGGGAAUGGAGAAAAAAGGGUAAUUAUGAAGAAAAAAGGGUAUUAGCCAGUACAUAUUUAUUCUUCUCUCAGCAGUUUUACAAGAAAAUAUUUAUCAGUAGAUAUUUCACUGACAUAGGCUUGUGGUUUACUUCGUACCUCAUUUCUAUUCUUGUAUAUGUGUUUUACUAAGUAUAAGAAAUCCCAACUUAUUUUUAGUAUUGAUUAGUAAACAAUACUGAAUUCUGUAAGUAGAGGAACAAUGUGUGGAUUAAAGUGACAAUUUCAGCUAUUUGAAGGGACAAAUGAAUCUCAUAGUGUGUUGUUUCUUAGCAGCUGCACAAAAAACACACUUAAUGAUGAAUAAAAUACUACACUGUG